AUGACACCAACCACACCUGAGGAGACACAAGUGCGUUGCUGCCUUUUAAGAGUAACCGAAAAACUGAAGUCUCUCACGUCUGAGGAUCUUGGUCAGUAUCUGGAGCAGAUGAUCCGCCUCCACCGGUUUCUAUCUAGCGCAUCUCUGACUACCGCUACGAAUUCAAUUGAUCGAUCCAUCUGGUCGGUGAACGACCACGUUUCGAGUUCAGAUGACAGUUUUGUUAAGUGUCGGCAAACGGUCAUACGGAUCACCUGGAACGUUCUCGGAAACGAUCACACAGACAAUCUAUUUGAAGUUAUAACCAAUUUUAACAACAGCGACAACAUCCUUUCGCUAAAGAUGAGGCGUAUGCGUGGCAGCUCAAAUGCUAUCCUGAAGGAAAUGUCCAAGAAGUAG